AGGAAGUGAUCGCGUUCUGUUUGAACCGGUCUACAUUUUGUUUUUCCUCCAAGAGUGUUGACAAUAUAUUCGCUUUAGCGAAUUACCGACGAAAGCACAUUAUUAGAUUAUUGCACAAGAGCAAACUUAACACGCUGAUAGUUCCCUUUGGAGAGUGUUUCAAUGACCGCACCUAAAAAGAGGGGGCUACCCAAACCGCUCCCAGAUGGCUUCACACUGACUGACACGGUGAAGAAGAAAUGGAGGCUGGGGAAAAUCUUAGGUCAAGGUGGCUUUGGACUGAUCUACUACGCAUCCAACGACAUUGGCAGCCCAGUCUCAGCUGAUACUGACUUUGUGGUAAAAGUGGAGUACCUUGAGAAUGGCCCCCUCUUCUCUGAGCUCAGCUUCUACAUGAGGGCAGCCAAACCAGAGAGUAUGCAAAAAUGGAUGAGAAGUAGAAAACUUGACCAACUCGGCAUCCCAAAGUACUGGGGAUCAGGACAGGCUGAGUAUAAUGGCCUCAGGUAUCGUUUUAUGGUUAUGGAGCGACUGGGCACUGACCUACAGAAAAUCAGUGAACGUAACGGAGGUCGCUUUAAGAAAGCUACUGUUCUCCGAGUUGGUCAAGUACUGGUGGAUAUACUGGAGUAUAUGCACGAGAAUGAAUAUGUUCAUGCAGACAUCAAAGCUUCCAACCUCAUGCUGGGUCAUAGAAACCCUCAAGAGCUCUACUUAGUCGACUAUGGGCUGGCCCGCAGGUACUGUAUUGAUGGGGUCCAAAAAGACUAUAAGGAAAAUCCCAAGAAAGGCCACAAUGGAACCAUUGAGUACACCAGCCUCGACGCUCACAAAGGUGUUGCUCCAUCACGACGUGGAGACAUCCAGAUUCUUGGUUUUUGCCUUCUUCACUGGUUAUGUGGGUCUCUUCCCUGGGACAGUGACCUCAAGAACGCAGUUAAAGUCAUGGAAGCCAAGGCCAUACUGAUGGAUAAGCUGCCAGAGUCUGUCCAGCAGCUGUCAGUGUCUGGAACAAGCACAGCUGAGGUGGCUGCCCUGCUCCUGUAUAUGAAAUCUCUGGGCUUCCAAGACAAGCCUGACUACCAGCGCCUAAGGCGAAUUUUGUCUACUGGAGCAAAGGAAAAACUGGAUUUCUCUGUACCUCAUGGAGUCGGGGAGAAGUCCAUGUCUAAGGUGCUUGAUACCCCCAUCAGGGGCAAGAGAACGGCAAAAGGUCGAGGCUUCCCCAAAGCUAAGACUGCAGCCAUGGAAGUGGUUGAUGAUGAUGAUGAUGAUGAUGAUGAAGAGGAGGAGGACGAAGAGGAAGAGGAGAAGAAGUUUAAACAAGCGUCAAGUUGCAACAGACGAGUGGCACCUGCUCCACAGGUGAAGCGUCGGCUCUGCUCCACAGAGCUAUCUUACAUCAAUAAGAGCACUUCAUCAAUGCUCGGCAUGGCAAUGAAGAAUUGGCAGAUACUCGUGUGAGUACCCCAGUUCCUUACAAGCAAGCAGUGGAUGAGGCUGUGGUCAACAUGAUCAUCAAAGACUGUCAGCCACUCACCAUUGUUGAAAAUGAGGGAUUCAGGGAGCUCCUGAAACGUAUCAACUCGCACUUAAAUUUGUAUGCUCACCAUCUUCAUCUGUACCCUGUGAAAGAGUUUUUUUCUAAGGCAGGGGAACUGGUGUCUAAGAGGAGAAAUUGCCUUGGAGCAAAGACACUUCAAAAACCUUUGUU